CUUGUCCCUGCAGCGUCGCUGAGGUGGAGCUCAUGUGAUGGAGGCGCUGCUGAGGAGGAACUGAAUCCUCAGCCGAACUCAGCCGGGCGGAACAUGCCCGAGUAGACGCGAGACUCCUGAGAACGCCGCUUUCCGAGAUCUGCACUUUCAGACCCACAUGGUACCGACAUGGCAGCGCACAUAUGGAUCAUCGUGGCGGCGGUUCUGUUCUGGAACAAGGGCGAGUGCCAAGAGGCGGUUCUGCAUGUUUCUAAUGGAGCUCUUCAUAAGGAUUACUGUCUUGUGUACAAUUCAUCAUGGUCCAACAUCUCCGACUCUCUCAGUGAUGCGGUGAAGUACGAGCUGGUGAAUCUGACCUACAGCAUGCUGUGUGAUGAAGGGACGAUGAAGCCAGGGUCUCUGGACGGAAAAGCCGUGGCUGUGAUGAGAGGAGGCUGCGCUUUCAGUCGGAAAGCUCAGGUGGCUCAGGACCUCGGAGCGGCCGUCCUGCUCAUUACCAGCAAGGAAGAAAUGACCACGCCGUCAGCCAAUCACACAGAGUAUGGGAAAGUGAAGAUUCCUCUGGCCUUGAUGAGAUACAGCGACUUCCUUGAUGCCCAGAAAGUGUUUUCAGAUAAGAUGGAGGUGCAGCUGUUUGCUCCGCCCAUUCCUCCGUUUGAUGUGAGCAUCAUCGUCAUGCUCGCCCUCGCGGUGUUCACCAUAGCCAUGGGCGGCUUCUGGAGCGGAGCCGUGGAGAGGGCGAAGCAGAACGCUGGGCCGUCUCUGUCUGGAGGUGAGGAGAGAGCUGAUGGUGGUGAUGUGAUGCUCUACUCUCCGCUGAAGGUGCUGCUCUUCGUGGUGCUGAUGUGCGGGAUGCUCGUGCUCAUGUAUUUUUUCUACAAGUGGCUCGUGUAUGUGAUCAUCGUGAUCUUCUGCCUGGCGUCUGCUACGGCGCUCUACAGCUGCCUCAACGCCCUCUCGAACGCAGUCGGAUGCAGCAAACUCAACGUGUCGUGUGGAGAGAGGAGCUGCUCGGUUCGUUCUCUGCUGCUGGCGGCUGUGUGUAUCACUCUUGCGGUGGUGUGGGGUGUGUACCGCAACGAGGACAGGUGGAUCUGGAUCCUGCAGGAUCUGCUGGGCGUAGCUUUUUGUCUGCACUUCAUGAAGACCAUCACACUCUCCAACUACAAGAUCUGUGUGUUCCUGCUCAGCCUCCUGCUUAUUUAUGAUGUUUUCUUCGUCUUCAUCACACCGUUCCUCACACCUAACGGAGAGAGCAUCAUGGUGCAGGUAGCACUUGGUCCGGGUGCAGGAGGAGAGAAGGGUGAUGGUGCUGUGGUGAUUCCAGCAGACCCCUCGCCGUCCUACGAGAAAUUGCCUGUAGUGAUGCGUGUCCCACGGUUCUCGGCCUGGGCGCAGAACCUGUGUAUGAUGCAGUUCUCCAUCCUUGGCUAUGGUGACAUCAUCGUUCCAGGCCUGUUGGUGGCGUACUGCCACAGAUUUGAUGUUUGGAUCGGCUCCAACAGGAUCUACUUCAUCUCCUGCACCAUCGCGUACUGUGUAGGUCUGGCGGUGACGUUUGCGGUGAUGCUGUUGUCCAGAAUGGGUCAGCCGGCUCUGCUGUACCUGGUGCCAUUCACACUGAUCACCAGUGCUGCUGUCGCUUUGAGCCGCAAAGAGUUCAGACAGUUCUGGGCCGGGACCACGUACCAGGUGUUGGAUUCAUCCCGGGAGCCUUUAAUACCAGAUGGAGAGGCUGCAUAUCCCAGCUCAGCGCUGAAGUGCUGAUUGAUGUUUGUUUGUUUUCUGUGUAGUAAGGGUCUGACGGAGCGAGUGACGGCCGGCGUUUAUUAUAUGAGGGAAGCCUUUAAAGCGUUAAUUAUACCCAGCAGCCCCGACGCUGGAGCCCGAGGCUAAUGUGGCUAACAAGUAAUGAAAGCUUAUACCCCACCAAUUAGCACCUCGCUAACGGGUGUAUAAGCCUUCGUUACCAGUUAAUUAGCACUUUAAAGUUGAGGCUAGUGUGUGUGUGCGGGCUAAUCACCGGAACAGCAGGGGUGUGUGUGUGUGUGUGUGUGUGAGUUUGAUUAAACUGAUAAAGGGUGACGCUGCUCCUGAUUAAUAAUGAUGAAACUGAUAUUAGUGGUGAAAUUUCUAAUGAUAAUAAUAACGAGCACUUUAUUUUCAGACUAACUCCUCCAGCUUGUUUAGGGGCAUUCUGACGUGUAGGACGUCACUGGUCAGCGAGGUGACCUCCAUAGAAGCCUUACUUUCUCUCCAGAUCAGCCCAAAGUCACUGGCUUCCUGUCUAGAUGACCAUUUUGUGCCAUGAUUUUGUGUCUGAGCUUUUUCACAGAUCUGUUCUUCACGUCUUUCAUUAAAGGUGAUUUGAUCUUUGAA